AUGCCGGAAGUUGUAUUUCUGACUGUAGAAUUGCGAAUUCCGGGUGUUCUGUAUGCUGGUGUGGGGGACGCUUAUUCUGCUUUGAGGAGACAUCUGUAUUCGGCAGCAGCAAGAGGGAGAAUAUAUAGAAGCACAUAAAAAUCUAUACAAGGACGUGAUGAUGGAGAAUCACCGGGCCCUCACAUCACUGGAUGGAGCCAGUAACAGAGAUACCCCAGAGAGAUGUUCCCGUCCUCUUUAUUCCCAGGACUCUACAGAGGAGAAUCACAGGACCCCACAUGAGGAUCAGUGUGAAGGCCUGGUUAAAAUUAAGGUAGAAGAUAUAGAGGAAGAAGAAGAGACGUAUGUGAGGGAGGAUCAGCAGUGUAAGGAGGAGGAAAUCCCUACAGAUAUCAGCACAGAUGGAUCCAGUAACAGAGACUCCCCAGAGAGAUAUUCCCAGGACUGUACAGAGGAGAAUCACAGGACCCCACAGGAGGAUCAGGAUGAAGAUCUGACUGUUAUUAAGGUAGAAUAUAUAGAGGGAGAAGAAGAGACGUAUGUGACUGAUAUUAAGGUAGAAGAUAUAGAGGGAGAAGUGACGUAUGUGAUGGGUGAUCAGCAGUGUAAGGAGGAGGAAAACCCUACAGAUAUCAGCACAGAUGAAUGCACAAGCAAGAAUACCACUAAGAGAUGUGUCAUUUUGUCUCCAGAUUUUGAAAUACAAGAUAACAUCACAGAAACUUUUCCAAGAGAAGACACAGUUCCCCUAAAUGUACAUCCAGAGCAUCACAUUGCAGAUAUGUCAUCUGAUCCCUCUGAACUGGAGGAAUAUUGUCCUGAUAUUGCAACACAUAGUACAACUCACAUUGGUGAUAAACUAUUUACUUGUUCUGUUUGUGGAAAAUGUUUCACAAAGAAAUCACUUCUUAGACACCAGAGAAGUCACACAGGUGUGAAAGAAUUUCCAUGUUCCGAAUGUGGGAAAUGUUUUACAGUGAAAUCACGUCUUGUUACACAUCAGAGAAUUCACACAGGUGAGAAACCAUUUCCAUGUUCUGACUGUGAGAAAUGUUUUUCAGAGAAAGCGGAUCUUGUUAAACAUCAGAGAACCCACACAGGUGAGAAACCAUUUCCAUGUUCUGAAUGUGGGAAAUGGUUUACAAUCAAACCCAAUCUUCUUAGACAUCAGAGAACUCACACAGGCGAAAAACCCUUUUCAUGUUUGGAGUGUGGAAAAGGAUUUUCAAUCAAACCAAAUCUUAUUAGACAUCAGAGAAGUCACACAGGUGAGAAGCCAUUUUCAUGCUCUGAGUGUGGGAAAUGGUUUACAGACAGAUCAAAUCUUGUUGCACAUCAGAGAAGUCACACAGGUGAGAAACCAUAUGAAUGCUCUGAGUGUGGGAAAUGUUUUACACAGAAAUCAGAUCUGGUUAGACAUCAGAGAAGUCACACAGGUGAGAGAGAAUUUCCAUGCUCUGAGUGUGGGAAAUGUUUUGCAAAUAAAUCACAUCUUGUGAGACAUCAUAGAAUUCACACAGGUGAGAAGCCAUUUCCAUGUUCUGAGUGUAAGAAAUGUUUUACCGUUAAAUCACAUCUUGUUAAACAUCAGAAAACUCACACAGGUAUGUAGCCAUUUUCAUGUUCUUAAUGUGGGAAAUGGUUUACAGAUAAAUUAAUUCACACGUACAAAAUCAUUUCAAUGCUCUGAGUGUGGAGAAUGUUUUUCAAAGACAUAAAGUUUUGUUGCAUAUAAUAGAAUACAUAAAGUAUUUAUGAGCUGAUAGACCUGGAACAGUACAAUAUUGGCAGAAGGAACCUCUGUUACUGCAGAGGACAUUUUGUUAUUAGAAGAAAAUGCGAGGGUGAAACCCACAAUCCUGACUUUUUAGGCUGAAAACAAAAAAAUAGGAUUUUUAAUUACCUAUCGGUAAAUCCUUUUCUCGUAGUCCAUAAGGGAUAUUGGGUGAGACUUAGUACGAUGGGGUAUAGAUGGGGUCCAAAGGAGCCAGUGCACUUAAAACUUUCUUCACUGGGUGUGCUGUCUCCUCUCCUUUAUGCCCCCUCCCACGGGCAGUUAUAGGUAAAAACGUGCCCGUAGGAGAAAGGACAUAUAUGAGAGAAGGAACAUGAUAACAGAAAGGGUGGUGAGAUUUACACACCAGCACACCACUAACAUACAACAACCAGCAACGGCUGGUAACAGCAACAGCUGAACAGGUAACCACAGAAAGAGAACCUGCAAAAAAGUCACUGCAAUGAGGCGGGCGUCCAAUAUCACUUAUGGACUACGAGAACAGGAUUUAUCGGUAGGUAUUUAAAAUUCUAUUUUCUCUAGCAUCCAUAAGGGAUAUUUGGGGAGACUUAGUAUGAUGGGGACAUCCCAAAGCUUCCAGAUUGGGUGCGAACGUGCGGAGACUGCCGCAGCACCGCCUGCCCAAACUGGGUAUCCUCUUUGGCCAGGGUAUCAAACUUGUAGAACUUAACAAAAGUGUUCUUCCCGACCAGGUAGCAGCUCGGCAUAGUUGCAAAGCCGAGACUCCAUGGGCGCCCGCCCAGGAAGAGCCCUCCGAUCUUGUAGAGUGGGCCCUCAGAGACUUAGGAACAGGUAAGGCUUCCGAUACAUAGGACUGUUGGAUAGUCAGCCUAAACCAACAAGCAAUGGACUGGUUCGAAGCAGGACAACCCUUUUUCUGUGCAUCAGAGCACGAACAAAGAAUCCAUCUUUCUGAUCCGAGCUGUGCGCUUGACAUAUAUUUUCAAGGCUCGCACAGCAUCCAAUGCCUUUGGAGGAGCAGAAGUGCCAGAACUUGAUGGAACCACAAUAGGUUGAUUCAAGUGGAACGCAGAGACGACCUUUGGCAGGAACUGCUGCCUAGUCCUGAGCUCCGCUCUAUCCUCGUAAAAGACCAGGUAGGGACUUUUACACGAUAAGCCCCCAAUUCUGAGCUACACCUAGCAGAAGCCAGGGCCAAUAACAUCACCGUCUACCACGUGAGGUACUUGUCUUCUACCGUCAUCAGUGGUUCAAACCAGGAGGACUGUAGAAAUUACAACACUACAUUUAAAUCCCAGGGUGCCGUAGGUGGCACAAAAGGAGGUUGUAUGUGAAGUACCCCUUGCAAGAAGGUCUGAACUUCUGGCAACACUGCCAAUUUCUUCUGGGAGAAAAUUGAGAGAGCUGAAAUCUGGACCUUAAUGGAACCCAGGCGUAAGCCCUUAUCCACGCCAGCCUGCAGGAAACGUCCCAAGUGGAGCUCAGCAGGCGGAUCCGUGCGUUCCUCGCACAAAGAGACAUAUCUUCUCCAGAUAUGAUGAUAAUGUUUUGAUGUCACAGGUUUCCUGGCCUGAACCAUGGUAGCAAUGACCUUGUUGGAAAGGCCCUUGUGAGCUAGGAUGUUCCGCGAAAACGCUGUAAGUCCGGGAAGACUAACAGUCCUUGUUGAAGAAGAUUGCUUCUUAGUGGUAGAGGCCAAGGGUCUUCUGUUACAAACCUGCAGCGGCCGCGGCGGCCGCGCUUGUCCCUACGGGUGGUCUGGUCUGCCCGGCGCCUCGUUCCCC